AUGACCAGCAAGUACCGCCGUCUGCUCCAACAGGUGUCAGAAGAAAAAGGAGAGAAUGAGCCGAAGCAACAGCAGCAGGAGCAGGUGGAUGUUCCACCGCAUAAAGACGCGAGGUACGCUGGUGAAAAGGAUGACAUUACAUUGGACGCCUUCCAGGAGGAAGAAGAGGGGCGACGUGCCGCAGUAGUGGUGGGUGGGCGAAGGGAGAUAAAGAGCAGCCGCUCGGUUGUCACAAAUGCUGCUUCCACAGGUAAUAGUGGUGGUGGCAGUAGUAGUAGUUGUAGCAGUGGUAAUGUUGGUGAUAAUGCUGCGGCGGGACCACGUAGUCGGUUUGGCAAGGGGUGCCAAGGUGACACUGACAUUGACCAUGUCAGCAGCAGUCACCGCGGCCGUGGGGCGGCAGUGGAAGGGAAUGAUGGUGAUGGUGGUAAGGUGGAGGCCGUGGGGGAAAAACAUGGAGCAGAGGAACAAGACCACGCCGACGACGACGACAUUAAGGACGCUGGUGUGGUGGAGGGAGAGGAAGAGGAAGAAGAUGACGCCGACAAUGAGGAUGACGCGGUGGUGGCGCAUGGCCCGCGGCUGUACUCCUGCGACGCAUGCCCACACUCCGUCUUCACGACGCAUGCCGCCCUGCUCGCGCACGCGGAGGAGCGGCACGCGG